AACGCAGAACGCAACGGGAGAGACUCGCCGACGAUGUCUGACCAGGAAAACCGCCCGCCUCGCGCCUAUCCGCCGCUGUCUGCCGCUGUGUCGCAUGGCCCGUCUCAGCCUCAUGUCCACCACGGCCAGCAAGGAGCCGCUGCCCAAGCUCCCUCCCAGCACCAGCAGCAGCAGCACUACGCCUCCCAGUACCCAACGGGGCCUCAUAUCGCCAGCCAGAAGCCGCCGCCGCCGCACGCCCAGAUGCAGCGGUCUCCCAGCUACCAGGCCGGGGACGACACCGGGUACUUCGACUCCAGGGCUGCUCCUCCUGUUGCUGCCGGCGGAGGAGCAGGAUCAGCAUACCCGUACCAUGACGGUCGCGGCGGCAGCCUCCAUGGGUCUCACUCCAGCAACUUCGGCUCCAGGCAUUCGCAGCACUCCACCGUAAGCCAGACAUCCUCCCACGGCUCCUCCGCCAUGUCGGGAUACCAGCACCAGUACCAGGGGCCCAACACACCCUCUCCGGGCCAGCAGCCGCCGUCAUACAAUCCCCAGCAAUUCUCGCAGCAGCAGCAGCAGCAACAACAACAGCCUCCUCCCACGCCGCAGCAGGCUGGCUACAAUCCACAGGUCUUCUCGCAGUUCUCCAGCCAGCAACCGCAUCACCAGCCCUACAAUCCUGCUGCGUACCAGUCCUCGCCCUCGGUGGGUUCAUUCCAGUCGUCUCCCGCUGGAAAUUGGUCUGCAGGUACUCCAGUGCAGACCUCGUAUCCUUCUACCUCGCCAUCCUUCUUCCCUCCGUCUCAUGCUGUGCCUACUUCGCCGGGUCCCAUGUCGGCUCGCCCGCUGGACACGUACAAUGACUACUCUCUCCCAUACGGCAACAACACAACUCACCACCACCCAACUUACCCUCCAAUGCCGUCUCAGAGUGUUGCUGCUACUCCUGUGUCUGCGCAUCCUUCUUCAUACUCGUCCUAUAACUAUCCUUCCUCAAAUCACUCCCAGUCAACGACGGUUAGCUAUGGCACCGAGGCCACAAACGACCGUAUCCGGAGAUACUCUUCCGCCAAACCUCCAGCGCAAACUUCGGAUUACCAAUACAUGCCAAAUCCGCCCGCCCAUGGCUCGGUUCAUCACGAUGCAGGAUACAGGACUGCUACCAGACAUGCCUCCUAUCCAGCAAGCCCCCAACCCCCGCCUCCUCCAGCUCACCAAAAUUCCCAGUCUACUUCCCCAAGGCGUACGGAUACACUCACCCGUCAUCCACAGGCUCGGCCGCUUCCUGGUCCGCCGACCGAAUCUGAGGGACAAAAUGGUCGUGAACAGAUAGAGCCGAGCUACGAUGACAUUAUCAAACAGGUAGAGGCUGCUGUUAUGGAAGGGAGACCGGAUACCACUCGCAGGCACAGUUCACGGGCGAGACGACCGCUUCCACAACAGCCUCCGAUCCAGGAAUCAGACGAUGGUGCUUAUCCGACUUCUGCUGUCUCGCCCGGUGUACAGCUCUUACCAGAUGAAGUACAGACCCACACCAAUGGAGGCAAUAUCAGCUCUACUGGGACAGGCCAGUACGUCAAUUACAAUGCCUACAGUGACGACAGUGAUGCAGAAGUGGCAGCUGGGCUGGAAGCUCUUCGAGUAGCUGAGGAGGAGGAGGCCGCCAUGCGUGCAAGGCGAAAUACGCAUACCUCUACCACCAGCUCGUUCGGUUACCAGCAUCAGGAACCACCACCACCUCCUCCUCCCCAAAACCAGCAGCACCAUGGAGAGUCCAGUAGCGACAGUGACUUUGCUCUCCAUGAUAUCGGCCUCUAUGGUGGCGGCUACAGCGCCGACAUGCACUAUGGAGAGGAUGCUUUAAUGCACGGGGUGAGAACCAGCUCCCAGCCGGACGGCAGAGGGAGCACCCCCAAUCAAUAUGACUACCCAAGCAUCGACCAAGACUCCAUACAUCCUUUCCCAGAGAUCGAGCCCACUGCCAGAGUCGACACCGUCGGAACUGGCGGACUCUCAGAACCUUCAGCGUAUCGUCGCAUGAGCUUUGAAAAUGGGGAUGAAGCGGCUCUCAGACGACCAUCGUCCGCCACAAGCUCCCUUAGCGACCUACCCGGAGAAGGGGAACCUCAAGACCUGUUCUUCCACCCUGGAAUGAGCUCUAGACCCCUACCGCCCCCACCUGUCCCGGUUGCUACCCAAAACCUUCUUCCUCACCUAAUGCCCGCAGGCACAUAUCGCUCCAGCGAGCAUACCGGCCAAAUACCCCUAGACCACUACCAUAUGCCACCCUAUCCAACUUCCCCGGACACAUAUUCCUAUUCCAACUCUACUUCUGCCGUGCCUCGCUCAACGUCAUUAUCAGACCAUACAAACACGCAUAAGUCCGCAGAUGCAAUCAUUCGCUCCAAGACAGAUGCUGACAGGGCUAAAUCUAAACAAGCUGCCUAUGACUCCUCCCUGUCAACCCCAUCAGUCACCCUUGACCUCCCGGUUCUGCCGACGGGCAAGCGGAAGAAGUUCCAUCCAGGGAAACUGUCCAGUGAACAGUUCCGCAAGUGCACAGAGCCAUGGGCCAUUAGUGCCAUUGUGGCUUGGAUAAGAGAUCUAGCUGAAGACGAGGCGGAUCUAAAGGAGCAUUCAAUUGUCGACGCAAUCGUUGCCUUGCUCACACACAAAGUGCCCACGAUGAACACCGCCGACGCCGAGACUCUCAGCGACAGAGUCGUUAAGAGCAUGUUUGCAGCAGGAGCACUGAUCAAAGACGAGGAAUGGGUGAAAUUCGGGCCAGGGACAUUGUCUGGUGUCCUGUGGCAGAUCACCGGCCAGGGAUGCUAUUCCUCCCGUUUACAUAACCAAGAAUACGACAUCUUCGGACGAUGUUACUCCCAUCACUGCAUGAGGACUUUGAAGAAAAUUAACUUGAAAAUGGUGGAAGCGCAGAAAAAGGCCGAAGAUUGGGCGACCUUCUAUAAAAUUGGCAAGGAAGUCUUCUCAAACCACUCUAAGAAGGAGAUCGACCGCCAAAACAACCUUCACGAAAUCGUCACCACAGAAGAUUCAUAUAUUGCACAGCUCGAUGUUCUGCGAACACUCUAUAGGGAUACCCUUGCUACUGCACAACCAUCCGUCAUCAAUCCCAAACGUCUCGAUAGAUUCCUCAGGGACGUCUUUGGGAAAGUUGAUGCGGUGAAGAGGGUGAAUGAAGAAUACCUGCUGGCUCAGCUAAAGUACAGGCAAAAAGAGCAGGGUCCCUUCAUCGUUGGCUUCAGUGACAUUUUCCGAGAGUGGAUUCGAAAGGCCAAAGCAGCCUACAUUGAAUAUGCGGCAACAUUCCCCAAUGCCAAUUAUCUUGUACGCCGGGAAGCUGAAUCGAACAUGCUCUUCCGCUCUUUCUUGAACCAGGCUCGUGAGAAUAGGUUAUCCAACAGAUUAAGUUGGGACACGUACUUGAAGGCCCCUAUCACACGUAUCCAGCGUUAUACACUGCUUCUCAACACCGUCUAUAAGAACAUGGAAAAAGACUCAGAAGAGAAAUCUAAUCUGCUACAGGCUAUCGAGGAAAUCAAGCUUGUUGCCUUGGACUGUGACAACAAAGUCGGAGAAAUGACCAAGAAGAUGGAUCUUAAGGAGCUAGGCGCUAAGCUGCAGCUGAGACCAGAGAUGAAGUCUAUCGUCGAGCUCAAUCUGGAACACCUUGGGCGCGAAAUCAUAUACCAAGGAGACCUGCAGCGACCGAGGACAAAGAGGUUCAACUGGGUCGAUAUCCGAGCCAUUCUCUUCGACCAUUACCUUGUCUUGGCGAAGAUAGUCAUCCACAGAGAUGCCGCUGGCAUGAAGCAUGAGAUGUUUGAUGUCUCUAAACUGCCUAUUCCCAUGGACCUUCUCACUUUGGUCAGCACCAAUGAUGAUCCGGUAGUCAGGUCAGCAGUCAAGGGUAUUGCACCCGCUAACCCGCGGGCUGGAGCCCCCACCGGUCUAGCCCACGCUGCAACCGCACCGCAAAUAACUUCUCCCACCCCAGGCGCAGCCGGCAGAUCAGUAACUACCACCGUCCUGGAAAACUCACGGGACGAGAAGAUCCUCUAUCCCUUCAGAAUCAAGCAUCUCGGAAAACGCGAUGUUUACGUUUUGUACGCCCCAACGGCCCAAUCGCGACAGGAUUGGUGUGAGAAGAUCUACGAAGCAAAGACCAAACACGCUGCUGCGCUCUAUGCUCAGAACGCAGAACCAUUCAGACUGCGUGUCUUAUCAGACUCGGCCUUUGCUUACUCGGACCAAGCCGUUCCUCCUAAAAGUGCAGUUAUCAAGGGAACCCCUCUUGACAGAGCCAUCAGAGAAGUUGAGAAGAAGUAUGAACGAAAUUUAUCUCGACCGUUACCCGUUUGCAGAGCGGCUGUAAAUUGUGCAACUGUAUUCCAGCAGCCUCCAGGGAAAAUGAUGUGUGCCAUCGGUACAGACUAUGGUGUGUAUAUCUCUGCAUAUGACGAUCCUCGAGGAUGGACAAAGGGGAUUUCAAUGUUGCGUGUCACGCAGAUUUCUGUGUUUGAGGAAUUUAAUCUCUUCCUCUUGAUUUCUGACAAGUCCUUGAUCGGGUAUCAUUUGGACUCGAUUUGUCCCGUCAAUGGCGCUGUGCAGCCUGACUCGCAACGACGCGCACCGCAAAAGCUAUCUGGGAACCGAGAAGUAGGCUUUUUUGCCGCUGGACGCAUGAAGGACAGGGCAUUGGUAUUUUACAAGAAGAGAGACGGCAUAUCCUCGACUUUCAAGGUAUUGGAACCUGUUCUUCAAAAAUCAUCAUCAAGCCGUUCUCGUUUCCUGUCCCGACGAGGCCAAACCGAGUUCUUCCGCGAGUAUGAUGAAUUCUAUAUUCCCGCCGAGAGUUAUGGAAUCAACCUGUUCCAUACGUCUCUUGCUAUUUCUACAUCCAGAGGCGUUGAAGUCCUUACCCUGGACAAGAAACAGCCCUGGUCUGUCCCCAACCUGAAGUCCGAACAAGCCGACGUGCAAUCUCACCUCACCAGCAUCGCAAACAGAGUAAAAGACCUCCGACCCCUCGGAAUGUUCCGUCUCAGCGACAGCGAAUUCCUUGUCGUUUUCCAGGAAUGUGCUGUAUAUGUCAAUAAACACGGAGACGUCAGCCGGAGCGUGGUCAUGGAGUUCGUUGGCAUUGCUCAUGCAGCCUGUCUAUGUGGGAAGUUCCUACUCCUCUUCAACGAAGACUUCGUCGAAGUCCGCAACGCAAUGAACGGCCGUCUUCGACAAGUCAUUGCCGGACGAAACGUCACGCUCUUAGACGAUGGCGGUAACGGCAACAGUGGGAUCGACCAGCAUACCAACGCUGUAGGUGGUUCGAAUUUCAACGAAGCAGCUUCCACACCCACUGGUACAGGACGUAAUGGUCUCGGGAUCUCCACUGGAUUCGGCACUAUUUCCCGCACAGUCAAGAUCUGCAUGCAACAUCCUGAACGUGAAAGAAGCCAGAUUGUGCUGGAACUUUUAGAAAACGAGGGACAGAAAGAUUAA